AAAAAAUAAUCACAAAUAUCGACGAUAAAACUCACAAUGGACUUGUCACCGCCCGUUAAGCCCCCACGCGGGGUCAAACCCGUCAAAGAAACCAGCGGGCUGCUAAUGUCCGUCAUUCGCACCCUUUCAGCCAGCGAAACCAACGAACAAAGAGACAAAGAAAAAUCCAAGCUAGAAACCGAGUACAAGAACUGUGAUAAAAAACUAGACGAACUGGUAUCCAAACAUGAGGAAGAUCUAUCCAAAGUCAUGCAACUCUUCGCAACUAUUUCGCAAAUCGUCAGCGACAACCGCCAGAAAAUCGCCAAAGUCAAAGACAACCUCAACGACUGCAAAAAAAAGCUGCGUUGUCGAAGAGACGAGUUGAGGAACUUGUGGCUGGAGGGUCUAGAAUACAAAUACAUGCUCCAACUACUUGAAGAAAUCGAGAAGAUGAGCGAAGUCCCGGAUCAGUUGUCCAAUUAUAUGAGUCACAAACAAUAUUUGCACGCCACUGAGCUUCUCGUGGAGGCGGUCACUUUGGGUAAAAAUACCUUGGAAGGGGUUGAGAGUUUGAAGGAGCUGAGUCGCGAGCUCGAGCAGAAGAAGGAGCAGCUGCAUUUGCAGCUGUACUCGGAGUUGAAGGAGCACUUAUUUAUGCGACCGGCGCAGAGGGUUUUAGCGCUACGUCGACAGGAGUCCGGGAGGGACAAUUUUUUGAUAAAUUCGCCCCUGCAGAGGAGUACUGAGUUGAGGUUAUCGAGGAACCGGAUGGCGGUGAGGCGGAAUUUGCAAACCCCGCAGAAAUUGGAAAAUUUCAAUGUAGUUGAAGAUCUUUCCACUGCUAACCCUGAAGACAAUUCUUUUCAUUUUAUUGUUAUUUUGAUUAAGUGUUUGGCGCUUUUGGAUAAACUGCCGUUUGCCGUUAAUCACAUUAAAGAUGAAAUGCAGGUGUUUCUCUUGGGGGUUAUUCAAAGAACUACACAACAUAUUAAAGACUUUGCUGGCUUUCAAGCUGAGGGUGACUACAAACACGUGUUGAAAGAGUUAAUCCAGACUUUAUUUGAUCAGUUUAAAGAGAUAGGAGAAGCCAAUUCGCUUUUUUUGAGAAACGUGGAGGAAGCGGCGAAAAUCCACAACAGUCAAGUGAAAACCUACAACUUGCAGUUUUAUUGGACACAAGUUCAGUGCGUUCUUGAAGCCUUCCUAAAUGAGUAUCUCGAUGUCCAAAACAUCUCAAUCGAGAGUCAAGCUAUUAAUACCAGUGAUAACAACGACUUGUCGUCGUACUUUGGUCGCCGGAAGCAACAGACCAAAAAGAAGUCUUUGUUUAAGUUUGACAGUUCAUCAAGUGCUUUAACUCUUCAUAGUACUUUAAAAUCGACUAAAAAGGACAAAAUUGUGGUCUGUAAGCCCCAUUCAAGCAACAUCCUGGUUAUGUUUAUUCCAUUCAUGUGUUUUAUUGAAGAUAUUGAACACUUGAUGGGUGCUCAGAAUGGAUCGUGUCAGUUGCAUCGAUUUAUCACCCAGUACGUCUCCGAAAUCUAUUUAAAACGUAAAUCUGAAGAAAUAAUUGACCAGAUAGAGGGCGCUGUUCGCGCUGCGGAUGCUUGGAAGUCCACAGUACUUAUGGACUACACGGCUGACUAUAAACCACUUCUCAUAAGUACAGUAACAGUAGAGCGGUGUAUACGUGAAUGGAAGGCAGUUCUUCAAGCCAUACCUUCCUACAGUGAACGCAUCGCCGUAUAUUCGUGUAAAGCGUUAAAGGAGUAUAAAGAUACGUGUUUUGCCGCUUAUCAGGGAAUAGUGCAGCCGCAUUCGGAAGAUAGGAGGAUUUGCAGUGCCGCCUGGCUGAAAGAUGAAGAUAUAAGCAGGUUUUUGAAAUCCCUACCCAACUGGGUCAACCUCAAAGCCCAGCAAGAGUACCAAGCCCGCAGCGAGCGCAUCCGGCGCGUUCUCCGCCGCGACCAGCCCUCAGAAGAGGAAAGCCCUGAAGAUGUGCGCCAGCGAAACAGGCGCGAAGCCGAGAUACUCGCGAGUAAUUUGGGUGAAGGGGGCGUCAGUUCCUCCGAGAUCCUUUCUGACAUGGCGCUCCUCAAAGAGCUCGCUCAGUUACAAGAGAGCAUGGAGUGGUUCUCGGUUAGAAUGUUCCAGUAUACGAGCGAAUUCCGGCACGAACCGUCUGCUCUGUCACCGUCUAAACCCGACGUCGACAACGUCGACGUCGUGACGCCAGUGUCCGCCGCCGUCUUGCAGCAACUAACAAGCAUAGCGCAAGAAUUCGACGAACUGGCCAACACCUGUCUGUUAUUAUUGCAUCUAGAGGUGAGAGUCCAGUGUUUCCACUACUUGUUGGCGCAAGGCCACUACAAUAAAGAAACGCACGAACCCGACCCGAAGGUGCUCGAGUUGAGUCGAGUUUUGGCGAACGUGGACGAAGCGGUGACGUCAAGUUUGCAUCCGAGGAAGUGCAAGUACAUUUUUGAGGGUUUGGGUCACCUAAUUGCUAAAAUCCUCAUCAGUUCGGCGCAGUAUCUGCAAACCAUUGACGAAGCGGGGAUCCAAAGAAUGUGCCGCAACAUUUUUGCGUUACAACAAACUCUCACUAACAUCACUAUGACCCGAGAACUAGCUCUAGAUCAUGCACGCCACUACUUCGAGUUGUUCUUUUCAAGUCCAGAGGAGAUUUUAAACGGAAUUGUGGAAAAAGGGCCCGAGUUUUCCGAGUUGGAGUAUAUGAAUGCCUUCCAACUUUUAAAUAGGAGUAGGGCUGAUCGUGAAUUGGGUUCAGUUAGCGUGCAUUUGGAGAGGUUAUCAGAUAUUCUAGGCGAAGUAGGAAUGACAGUAUAAGAUAUUAAUAAUAAACACAAUAAAGUUUACUAAAUUUAA